AUGAGUGAACGCUUCUCCCCCAUCGCAGCCCUCCCGACCCUCCUGAACCGCGACAAUGUCGUUCCAGCACCCGCCUCCGCCGCCUGGCCCGUUUGGCAAAAUCCCCAUACCGCGCCUCGAGAGACCCAGAGAACCGCCCAAGAAACCCGCUGCUCCGCGCCAAGGCCGUGUGUCCAGAGCAUGCUUGAGCUGUCGCGCCCGGAAGAUCAAGUGCAAUGGAGUCAGGCCGAGAUGCCACAACUGCGCAGGCGAUUCGAAUCCUUGCAUCUAUGCUGCCAGUCGCAAGGAUCGCUUGAAGACGUUGGUCAUGUCGCCAUCCUGUUCAUGUCUGCCCUUGCUGAUGCCUUCAGCGCGACCGAGCACAACCAGGACCUGCUGCAUCUGCUCCAAGAACUGCGCCAGAGCGCUUCACUCCAGCAGCAGCACAAGAUCGACGACGCGCUUGCCGGUGCCACCGAAGAUGUCGCUGAACCCACCUCGGGUCUUCGGAGAAGCCCUGAGAAAAGCCCCGACAAGGCCCCCGAUGCCCAUGUUGAGGACGAAGACCAGGCCGACGAUCCAGGCGAAGCUAAUGUCACGGCUGAAGUUGGCUCCAACGAGGACAUGGACAACUUGAACGAAGACCUUUUGAGCAACGAGCAUUCUCGAGCCACUGGAUACAUAGGGAAGAACUCAGAGGUCCAGUGGCUGAAAAAGCUUCACCAAGAGGCAGAUGCUGUGCGCCCUGGCGCCCAAGGCCCGUACGGGCCUCCAGGAAAUUCCGCCCAGGCCCACGACGAGCGCAUAGACGCCUUGCACGAACGUCAACGCAAGAACCCACGCUUGCCCAUGGAAUCCAGUAGCUGCAGUUUCUAUCUAGACAGGGAGCCUCUAGACAUGGAUAUGGAAGUGGACCCUCACGAGUUGCCGCCCUAUGACACGGCAGAACGCCUACUCAAAUGCUACAUGCAAACUGUACAGAGCUCCUUUCCCAUUCUCUCCCAAAAGACUUUUACAAAGCAGUUCGGUCACUACUACGACUCCGUAGCUCGCGGAGCGCCAUACGGAUUACCUCAAAAGUGGCAGGCCAUGCUCAACCUAGUCUUCGCCAUCGGUGCUGUUUAUUCGCACCUCAUCGAAGCCGAUUGGUCUGCAGACGUGAAGAAAGAAAUCUUGUCGCGGAUAUGGUGGGCAGUGCAUUCGCUGGACCGUAUCCUGUCUGCCGUCACCGGCCGACCUUCUGUGGGUGCCGAGAUCCAUUCUUCGACCACAUUGCCUCUUCCAAUAUCAGCCAACGAUAUAGAGGAGGCCACCAUCGAAGCCAAGUUUGGACGAAGAGCCAAAUGGGGCAGCGGGACUGCAACCUCGCCUUCAGAUGCGGGAUCGUCUCGUUCUGCCGCCGUCAGGCCACCAGGCAAUGCUUCGAAUGCAUCAGAGGCAUCAAACGCGUCCGAUGUCGCAAAUGCGGGGACCUUCUUGACCGCAAUUGUCAAGUUGGGAAUGGUGUCGAACAACGUUCUCACUCAGCUCUACUCGCCGAAUCUCGUUACAAAGUCAUGGAGAGAAGUUCAAGAGAACAUUGCGCAGCUUUCAGAAGAUCUAGAUGUGUGGCUGGCUUCGCUCCCCAGAGGUCUCGAUCCUUUCAAAGACAACGGUCGAGAUUACACCAUGCAGCAAGAACGAAACAUUCUCAAAACGUACUACUUUAGCACCAAGAUCCUCAUCUGCAGACCGUGUCUUUGCCGCCUGGACCGUCGCAUUCAGUCACAGACACAGUCUUCAGCCAACUUCAACCACCAGGUCGCGUCGCAGUGCGUGGCAGCGGCCAAAUCGAUCGCCGCGUGCUUACCAGAUGACAUGUCUGUAUGGGGCAAAGAAAUAUACAAAAUCUUCCCGUGGUGGUCCGCAGUGCAUUAUCUGAUGCAAUCAAUCGCCAUUCUCCUCUUGGAAGCUUGCUAUGAAGCGGAAGGCAUAAACAUCUUGCCCGCCGUAAAGAAGCUGGUACGCUGGCUGAAAGAGCUAAGCUCCUCGAACAGAACAGCGGAACGCGCCUACUCCAUCACGGUUGAUCUGCUCAAGAAGAUGGCUUCGCGGACUUUCAAAGAUCCUCGUACCUCCCAAGAAAUCGCGCUCCUCCUUUCCGAGCAUCCCAGCCCAGCAACCUCGGAUGCCGGGGCUUCAGACUUCGCGGCCCAGUGGUUCACUGGCGAGGAGUUUUUCGACCAACAUCUGCAGCCUCCCCAAGCCCAGUCCCAAGGCGAAUCGUAUAUGGCAGAUAGUCUUGCUGACACUAUACCGACGAUGGGUGUGUUCCCAGGCGCUGCAGAUAUGCCUGUUUCGGGCUUCUUCUUUGAGGCGUUACAUACGCAUCCGGCACUAGCGAAUGUGUUCCUUACGGGGUUCGAUCAGCACAACCCGCUCCCGUUCGACGAGGACGACAUCUAUAUGCAGGAUGUGCCGGAGCAAGAAUAG